AUGGACAUGCAGGCGCGGGGCGCCGACAAGGAAAACUGGCCGCCACCCGGCGUGUGUGGGCCCAGCGAGCGCAAAACGACGGCGAGGACCAUGGCCAAGCAUGAGAAGCAACACAGCGCCGCGACAAGUGGCAAAAGCUACUGGCCGCCAGAGGACGACAAGAAGCUGUUGGCGCUUGUGUACGGCCUCGGCACGAAGAACUGGAACGAAAUCGGCUCGCACUUUCCGCACAAGAGCGGGCGGCAGUGCCACGAACGGUGGAAGAUGCUCUUCAACGAUCCGUCGUACUUUCAGGCCAUCAAGAUGGAUUUUGCGGCCUCGACGACGCGCCGGACGCUCGACAUGACGCCUAUCAAGGCGCCCGAGAAGCCCAAGUCGAUCCCGGCGCUUCCCAAGCGACACUCGUCCGCCAGCCCCCUCGUGCAGAAAGUCAACAAGCUCCACGACAUUGCAAACAAGCUCAAGUGCCGCCAAGAGUCGCAUUCGUCGAUCAACGGCAAGAGCGUCGAGAUGCUCUUGUCGCCCGGCGCGGGUCAGGCCAUUACGGCUGUGCCCGCCGCACUCAAGCGCAAGCUCGAGCACUGGAGCGCCAUGUACGGCGUCGACGUCGACCACAUGGAAUACGUCACGUUCAUCAAGCGUCCGCCGGCGCCGCCCUCAGAAGAUGACGACGAUGAGAAUGGGGAUGAUGCCGAUGACGACGACGCGUCAUGGGCAGAUGCGACCAGUGCGACGGACCUCGAGGUGCAUGUGCUCGACUUUGUCGGGUGGCAGAGUCCACAACACAUGUCCCUUCGGUCGCAGUUCACAGCGAUCAAUAACUUAGUACGAAAACACGAUUGA